AUGGAGAGAGAGAAGGAAGGGGAAAGCAAAGGAACAGUGUGUGUAACAGGUGGAACAGGAUUUGUGGCUUCAUGGCUCAUCAAGAGCCUUCUUCAACAUGGUUAUUCUGUCAAUACCACUAUCAGGUCUAAUCCUCAAGACAGCAAGAAAAACACUAGCUACCUCACGAGCCUUCCUGGUGCAGCAAAAAGUCUGCGAAUUUUCCAAGCAGAUCUCGACAAACCAGAUAGUUUCAACUCAGCAAUUAAAGGAUGCAUUGGAGUAUUUCAUGUUGCUCACCCAAUCGAUCUCACGGACAAAGAAACAGCAGAAAUGAAGAUCAACAAAUCUAUCAGUGGGACUUUAGGCAUUCUGCAAGCAUGCCUUGAUUCUAAGACAGUGAAACGAGUUGUUUACACCUCAAGUGCAUCCACGGUUAUGACUCACAACAAGGAUUUAGAUGUAGUGGACGAGAACUUGUGGACUGAUGUAGAUUAUUUGAGACCUCUUAUUAGUCAUUUUGGAGCUUCUUAUGCCAUUGCCAAGACAUUAACAGAAAGGGCAGCUCUCGAAUUCGCUGAAAAGCAUUCGUUGGAUCUUGUCACUGUAAUUCCCACUUGGAUACACGGCCCUUUCAUAUGUUCCCGUUUGCCUGGCUCAGUGAGUUCGUCACUGUCUAUGAUCAUCGGAAAUAAGGAUGAGAUGAAGUAUACUGAAACUACCGCUUUUGUGCAUACAGACGAUGUGGCCAAUGCACACAUCUUCCUUUUCGAGUAUCCUAAUGCCAAAGGGAGGUACAUUUGCUCUGCCGUCGAGGUUGCAGUGGACAAGUUAGCUGAAUUUCUGUCCACGAGGUACCCGGAAUUCCAAAUACGAAACGAAGAGGGUUUAAUAGAAAGAGGACGUAAAUUCACUAGCCUUUCAUCAAAGAAACUGUUGGAUACUGGUUUCAGAUACAAAUAUGGCCUUGAGGAAAUGUUUGAUGAAGCAAUUCAAUGCUGUAGAGAGAAGGGAAUUCUCUAA